AUGUCGCCCCCCACGCCCGAGACCAAGAAUGACACAGACCAUGGCCAUGAGCUGCCAUCCUCUAUCACCUCCGCCAGUGGGCCUGGCGACGAGAAGGACCUCGCGUAUGCGACGCCCCUGCGCUUGACCAUGAUCAUGUGCACGUUGAGUCUCAGUACCCUGAUCGCCGCCUUGGACUUGGGUAUCGUCGCUACCGCUAUUCCCGAGAUCACUAGCGAUUUCCACGCCCUCGACCAUAUCGGAUGGUAUAGCGGGGCCUGUUUCCUGCUCGUCGGCACCACCUCCGCUCCCUGGGGUAAGAUGUACAAAUACUUCUCGGCCACCUACAUCUACAUGACCGCGUUGGGUCUUUAUUUGGUGGGCAGUGUGGUUGCGGCGGCGGCCCCAAGCAGCAUAGCUUUGAUCAUUGGACGCGCUCUGCAGGGCUGGGGCUGUGCCGGCACUCUGGGGGGCUCCGUGCUAAUCAUCAACUUCACGGCCGAACCCAAGCUCCGUCCGAUGCUCAUUGGUUUAUGGAUGGGUGUCUUUAUGAUUGCCACCACCAUUGGGCCCCUGAUUGGUGGUGUGUUUACCAGCGAGGUCAACUGGCGCUGGUGUUUCUGGGUUAACCUCCCCGUCGGCGGCACCGCCAUGGCCCUGCAGUUCCUCUUCCUGCGCAUGCCUAAGCACAUCAAGCCCACCCCGGCAACCUGGACCAAGAUUCUCCUCCACCUCGACCUCCCCGGAUGGACCCUGCUAUUCACCUCGGUCAUCUGCUUCCUCUUGGCCAUGGAAUGGGGCGGUCUGGCGAAAGAAUGGAGUGACGGCGCCGUCAUCGCCACUUUGACCCUCUGGGUUGUCUUGUCCCUUGCAUUUGUGGCCGUCGAGUGGUUCCAGGGCGAUUAUGCGAUGAUGCCGCUGCGCCUGCUGAAGUCGCGCACCUCCUGGUCGCAUCUCCUAUACGCGUGGAUUGCCAAUCUCGGAAACUUCCAAAUCCUGUUCUAUCUCCCCAUCUACUUCCAGUCCGUGCAUGGCUCGUCUGCCAUCAUGAGCGGCGUCUACAGUCUGCCGUUCAUGGCCUUCUACGCUUUUGGUGCCAUCGUCAGCGGUAUUCUCGUCGGGAAGACCCGCUUGCUACAGCCCAUUGAGUUAGUUAGCGGGCUGAUCACCGUGCUGGGCGCCGCCCUGAUCUACUGCAUCGACACUGGCACCCCCAAGGCCUGGUGGAUCGGCGCCCAGGUCCCGUUUGGUUUGGGAAUUGGCCUGGGAAACCAGGUGCCGGUGACCGCGCUGCAGGGGUUUGCCACCCCAGAAACGGUGGCCGCCACAAUGGGCGUGGCCUUCAUGUGUCAAGCCAUCAGCGGCGCCUAUUUUACUCUAUCGGUCACGGCUCCGCAGCUCAAUUCCUCUGAGAUCUCGUAUAUGGGUGUCACCGAGCUGAAGAAUGCCUUCCACGGGGAGGACUUGGCCUUGAUUCGGCAGGCAUACAUGGUUGGCAUCAAGGAUGUCUUUGCCUUUGCUCUGGCUGGGGCGUGCCUCACAGUCGUCCUGGCCCUGAUAGUUCCUUUCGAGAAACUGCCAGACCAUGAAGCCAAGAAGGACGAGGAUAAGGAGGCGGCUGACAAGGCCUCUUGA